CUCCACCACCAGCACCGGUGCGUCCCGCGAGCCUCGAUCCGGUCACUGCUGCUGUUCACCGGGACAACGACGACUCCACUGUCCGUGGCGAUGGUGAUUGACAGAUGAUCUGACAGAGGAAGACAUCAGACGCUGUCGCCGUGCUGGUUAUUAUGGGGUGUGCCUGUUGCAAGCAGAAGACGUCCGACAAAGCAGCAGCAGCAUCAGCAGCAGCAGUGGAUAUUACAGACCUGUCUCCUAGCAACGCAGAUGGAGGGUUGUCCGCAGCUUUGACUCAGGGCCGCUACUGUCCCGACCCCACUCAGGCCAUCCCGGACUUCAACAAGGGCUUCUCGUGCGGCACCGUCUUUCUCAACACCACCACAAACCAACGGCCUGGAGGCAUCACAAGUGGCGGAGUCACUCUCUUCAUUGCGCUCUAUGACUAUGACGCUCGCACGGAAGACGACCUUACUUUCCAGAAAGGAGAGAAAUUUCAGAUCAUCAACAAUACUGAGGGCGACUGGUGGGAGGCUCGAUCUUUGGACACUGGCAACUCAGGUUACAUCCCCUCCAACUACGUAGCUCCUGUCGACUCUAUACAGGCUGAGGAGUGGUAUUUUGGGAAGAUGGGGAGGAAGGAUGCGGAGAGACAACUUCUCGGCCAUGGCAACCAGAGGGGAACUUUCCUCAUACGAGAGAGCGAGACCACCAAGGGCGCUUACUCUCUGUCCAUCCGUGACUGGGACGAAAACAAGGCAGACCACGUUAAGCAUUACAAGAUCCGCAAACUAGACAACGGAGGCUACUACAUCACCACGAGAUCCCAGUUUGACACUGUUCCGGAGCUGGUUGAGCACUACACAGAGAGAGCGGCAGGACUGUGCUGCCGUUUGAUUGGCAGCUGUAAACGGGGCAUGCCUAAGCUGGCUGACUUAUCAGUGAAGACCAAGGAUAUGUGGGAGAUUCCCCGGGAAUCCCUGCAGCUGAUUAAAAAACUGGGCAACGGCCAGUUUGGAGAAGUCUGGAUGGGCAGUAAUGACGGGCUGUGUUAUUUCCUCACCCAUGCCUGCGUUAAUUCCAAGCCGCUCACCAUGGGCCUGGGGCGGGACGCCUGGGAAGUGCCCAGGGAGGCACUGGUACUGCAGAGGAAGCUGGGACAGGGCUGCUUCGGGGAAGUGUGGAUGGGCAUGUGGAACGGCACCACCAAGGUAGCGGUGAAGACUCUGAAGCCGGGAACCAUGUCCCCCGAGGCCUUCCUGGAGGAGGCCCAAAUUAUGAAGAGACUUCGCCACGACAAACUGGUGCAGCUCUAUGCCGUCGUGUCGGAGGAGCCCAUCUACAUCAUCACUGAGUUCAUGAGCCAAGGAAGUUUACUGGACUUCCUAAAAGAUGGAGAGGGACAGAACCUGAAGCUGCCUCAGCUGGUGGACAUGGCUGCACAGAUUGCAUCUGGAAUGGCGUACAUCGAGAGGAUGAACUACAUCCAUCGUGACCUGCGAGCAGCAAACAUCCUGGUCGGAGAGAAUCUGGUGUGCAAGAUCGCUGACUUUGGGCUGGCAAGGCUCAUCGAGGACAAUGAGUACACAGCGAGACAAGGGGCGAAGUUCCCCAUCAAGUGGACGGCUCCGGAAGCUGCACUGUACGGACGUUUCACCAUCAAGUCCGAUGUCUGGAGCUUUGGCAUCUUACUGACUGAGCUCAUCACUAAGGGACGUGUGCCGUACCCAGGCAUGAACAACCGCGAGGUGCUGGAGCAGGUGGAGAGGGGCUACAGGAUGCCCUGUGCCCCGGGCUGCCCCAGCUCGCUCCACGAACUGAUGGUGCAGUGCUGGAGGCGGGAGGCCGACGAGAGGCACACGUUCGAGUACCUGCAGUCCUUCCUGGAGGAUUACUUCACCGCCACGGAGCCGCAGUACCAGCCCGGAGAGAACCUGUGACCACCCUCGUGUAUAUAGGAGAGACAUGAAGCGAUAAUCGAACAGAGGCAGACACACAGAGACACACAUACACUGACAGGCACGUGGUAGUACAUGCACGUGCUGUAAUUGUAUUUGUUGCUCACACACACACACACACACACAUAUGAAGAUGCAUAUCAUUGCCUUGUUUAAUUGUUUAAAGGCAGUUCCUUCCCUUCGGUCAGUGAUCACUGCAGCCCGCUCAGGACAGCUCAGUCAGCCGUGUUGGAGAGCAGAGUCGGAGCUCUGCUGGUCGGGCCUUGCAGGAAUGUUGCUUUACUCUGUAACCAUGACAACAAGGAACUGAAAGAAGAUGUAGAUGGUUGUGCUGAGGUGGGGGGAAGUCGAGCUGGAACAUGAUCUGUUCAGCGACCAUGUAUGUUUCUUUCUUUUCCCACUGACAGGAGUGAUUUGACAGAGAUUAGCUGUCUACCUAAGAUAGAUACAUUAUUAUAGAAAUGAAAAUCAUCUGCAACAGGUUAUGGAACAACAGGUGGAAUACUGCUUUUGAAAAAACUGUGAGAAUGAACCUUGCGAACCUGUGUAACUGAAUUGAUUAUGUACAGACACGGCCGCCUUUAUGUAAGCUUUAAGAAGAUUGAUGUUGCUCUGUUUCAAACGCUGUUUUGUUAUUUAGGUAAAGAACCUGAUCCAGGUCUGGUUUCAUGUGCCUCAAAGUGGUCAAAUAAAGGGCUGGUUUGGAUUUUAUAUUCCCAAUCAUUUGUGUGCAAUUUUGUAUGAACUGUCUCCUCUGUUGUUCUAAUUUAACUCAGAUAUAUCUGUGUGUCACGACAACUCCUAAAACUAUAGUUAACAUGUACGCAGUUUUCAGCCAUUGGGAGGGCAGGGGGAAGAGUUCUGCAUGAAGGUGAAAGUGGAGAGGGAGUGUUUCAUUGUGUUGUCUUGAAAAGAAUGUAACCUUUACGUUGAGACUCCCCUGUCAUUUUAUUUUAAUAAAGAUAACAUAUCUUUUACAAGUUAA